AUGGAGGAAGAGCUUAGAUGCCCUGUAUGUCAAACCUUGUACACCGACCCUGUGAUAUUGCCGUGUUCUCACAACUUGUGUUUAUCGUGUUCAAAGAAUUUACAAAGCUAUGGACCACCGUUAUCGCCACAUUUGGUCGAUCUUUCGUCGUCCUUUCCGGAUUAUCCUGAGGGCGACCGUUUCAGUCUUCACAGCGAGACCGACAGCGGUGUUGGUCUAAGUGUAAACAGUGUCACUGCAAAUGUCCUCGAUCGGAACUCGUCUGUAAAUCACCUUCUUCCUCCGUCGCAGACUGACAACCUGUGUCUCCGGUUGAUCUGCCCAGUAUGCAAUAAAAACAGCUAUUUGGACGAGAAGGGCACCAGCGGUUUGCCUAAAAAUCGUACACUGGAAAUGAUCGUAACUCGAUACAGCGAAAGCCGAAACAUGCAAGUGAAAUGUCAGCUUUGUGAAAGCGCCCCGUUAGACGCCACUGUUUACUGCGAACAAUGUGAAGUCUUUUAUUGUGAAAAAUGUCGAGAGAGUUGUCACCCAAGCCGGGGACCACUUGCCAAACACAAUUUGGUAUCUCCGAAUGCAGCAUCGGGGAAAUCUGCGCAGCUUGGCCGAGGAAAACUGAAAGGACUGAGCCGGCCAAGCACAUGUGGCGAUCACAUUGAGGAAACUCUCAGCAUGUUCUGCGUAAUGUGCAGGGUACCAGUAUGUUAUCAAUGCUUGGAAGAUGGUAAACAUUAUAACCAUGAUGUUAGAGCCCUUGGGUCAAUGGCUAAAACGUUGAAGGGAGAUUUGUCGCAUGCCUUGACAUCGUUAUCUGAGAAGGCGAGACAAGCAAAGGAUUUCAUUUCUGAGCUUAGGACCAUCAUUGAGGAAGUGCAAGUUAAUACAGUGGAAUUUGAGGCCAGUCUCGUGGCUCAGUUUGAUCAGUUAAUGGAGGCUAUCAAACAGAGAAAAGAACAACUUCUGAGUGACGUAAAUCAUGAGCGAGACUUCAAAAUAAAAAUGGUUAAAGAUCACAUUGGUCAGUGUACCGGUAAAGUUCGACAAACAAAUGGAUUACUGGAAUUCAGUAUUGAGGUCAUGAAAGAAACAGAUCCAGCCUCGUUUCUCCUGGUUGCCAAUUCUUUACUGAAGAGAGUUCAAUCCAUGGAGAAGUCAUGGAAGAAAGAGAUGUUAUUAGAACACCGGGUGGUGUCUGAGUUUGAUUUGACAUUAGAUAACACAGCGGUACUGCAAGCUAUUGAUCUGCUCAAUUUUAUACAAAUGAAAGCGCCUGGUCCCCCAGUGAUACUAACAGAUGAAUGCAGUGCAGAAAACAACAGUGUCACGAUAGCCUGGCAACCUGAUCCUAUAAGUUGGGUGGAAGGUUUUGUAUUGGAAUUAGAUGAUGGUUGCCAUGGCGAAUUCCGAGAAGUGUACUGUGGUCGUGAAACUGUGUGCACAGUUGAUGGGUUGCAUUUUGACAGCACUUACAAUGCGAGGAUCAAAGCGUAUAACCACGCAGGCGAGGGCACUUACAGUGAGACUGUGUGCUUGCAGACUGCUGAAGUUGCUUGGUUUUCAUUGGAUCCCUCAACAGCUCAUCCAGAUAUUAUCCUGUCUAAUGACAAUAUGACAGUCACAUGCAGUAGCUAUGAUGAUAGGAUAGUUCUUGGGAAUGUUGGAUUUUCCAGGGGAGUUCAUUAUUGGGAAAUAGUAAUCGACCGUUAUGAUAACCAUCCGGAUCCAUCAUUUGGCGUUGCCCGGUAUGAUGUUGCCAAAGAUGCAAUGCUGGGAAAAGACGAUAAUGGUUGGUCAAUGUAUAUUGACAACGCACGUAGCUGGUUUAUUCAUAAAAACGAGCACAGAGAUCGCACAGAAGGUGGAAUUGGUGUGAAAACGGUUGUUGGUGUGCUCUUGGAUCUUGAAAAGAAAACCAUGUGCUUUUAUCUAAACGACAAACCACAUGGACCAAUCACAUUUAAAAAUUUACAUGGGGUGUUCUUUCCCGCUAUAAGUCUAAACCGCAAUGUACAAGUGACUGUACAUUCAGGAUUAGAGAUACCUGUUGAAACAGACACCGAAGAGGAAGAGGAGGAGUGA